UUGUUUUUUUUUUUUUUAAAGAGGGUUUUUUCCCAACUUUCCAGAAGUUUCUCCUCCCCCGGCCCCUUAUAUACCCCCUCGGCGGGGCUGCGAGGUGCGCAGGGGAGACGAGCGAAGCCCCUCGGAAGGCGGGUCCCGCCAGGAGCCUGGUGCUGCUGAAGCCAUGUGGGCGCCACUGGUGCUGGCUGCCUGCAGCCUGGCCGCCGCCGUGCCCUCGGAGGACAGGAAGCUGAGCGACAAGGCCACCGCGCUGGCCGACCGCAGCGCCACGCUGGCCUUCAACCUCUACCACGCCAUGGCGAGGGACAAGAACACGGAGAACAUCCUGCUGUCCCCCGUGGUGGUGGCUUCCUCCCUCGGCCUGGUGUCCCUGGGGGGCAAGGCCACCACGGCCUCCCAAGCCAAGGCGGUGCUCAGCGCCGACAAGCUCAACGACGACUACGUGCACAGCGGCUUGUCCGAGCUCCUCAACGAGGUCAGCAACAGCACGGCCCGCAACGUCACCUGGAAGAUCGGCAACCGCCUCUACGGCCCGGCCUCCAUCACCUUCGCCGACGACUUCGUGAAGAACAGCAAGAAGCACUACAACUACGAGCACUCCAAGAUCAACUUCCGAGACAAGAGGAGCGCCCUGAAGUCCAUCAACGAGUGGGCGGCCCAGACCACGGAUGGGAAGCUGCCAGAGGUCACGAAAGACGUUGAGAAGACCGACGGGGCCCUCAUUGUCAACGCCAUGUUCUUCAAGCCUCACUGGGAUGAGAGGUUCCAUCACAAGAUGGUGGACAACCGUGGCUUCAUGGUGACCCGUUCCUACACGGUGGGAGUGCCGAUGAUGCAUCGCACGGGUCUCUACAAUUACUAUGAUGAUGAGACAGAGAAGCUCCAGGUGGUUGAGAUGCCUCUUGCUCACAAGCUCUCCAGCAUGAUCUUUAUCAUGCCAAACCAUGUGGAGCCCCUGGAGAGGGUUGAGAAACUGCUGAACAAGGAGCAGCUAAAGACCUGGGCUGGCAAAAUGAAGAAGAGAUCAGUGGCCAUCUCGCUGCCCAAAGUUGUCCUGGAAGUCAGCCACGACCUUCAGAAACACUUGGCUGACCUGGGCCUGACAGAAGCCAUUGACAAAACCAAGGCUGACUUGUCAAAGAUCUCUGGCAAGAAAGACCUUUACCUGUCCAAUGUCUUCCAUGCUGCUGCUCUUGAGUGGGACACGGAGGGGAACCCCUAUGAUGCUGACAUCUAUGGCCGAGAGGAGAUGAGGAACCCCAAGCUCUUCUAUGCUGACCACCCCUUCAUCUUCAUGAUCAAGGACAGUAAAACCAACUCCAUCCUCUUCAUUGGCAGGCUUGUGAGGCCCAAAGGAGACAAGAUGCGUGAUGAGUUGUAGUUAGGUUGGUUGGUUUGUGGGUUGUUUUUUUUUUUCCCAGAGCUUUGGUUUGUGUGUGUUUUUAGUGGGGGGAUUUCAAAAAAGGGGAAACACUAUUUUGUAUCCUUCUCAAACUAUGGGUGCUAUUCAGACCAGGGUGCAUUGUGAUGAGAAGCCAGCAUACACUUUACCUCACCCCAAAAUACUUAUUGCACAAACAAGCCCACCUCCAGAGAGGAACAGGGGAGCCUGGCACAAGAGGGUCACCAGAAGUGGAAGGGAAGGGGCAUGCACUGUCUCAGCUACUGGCAUCCUCAGCUGAGAUGUUCAGGCUGAUGUCCAGCUCCUCCCUGCACUGGAGCUGUCUCCUGCCAAGUACCUCGCUGCUGCCACCAGCCCUGCAGAGGCACCAGCUCUUCACCCUUCCAUCCCAAAUGCUUCUGCACGUUUAGCUCUGCCACUUUUGUCCCACUAUGAUGCCACGUGGCACCACACCAGAGCUGCUCUGGUCACUUUGCAGUUGUUCCUUGCUUCUCUCUCCUGUCUUUAGUGGUAGAUGACAGAGCACAAAGGCCAUUUCUGCAGUCCAGCCCCCCCUCUAAGGCCCUGGGAGCAGAGCAGGACCACGACAGCAUCUAAGAACAGAGAUUGUGUGGAGUUGUGCUUUUUUGUCCUGCCUAACCCUGCUCUGGAGGACUGCUGGAUGCACCAACCACAGCAGGUCAUCAGCUCCUUAGCUAGAACACUCUUGUGAGAGUGUGACAGAGCACUGGAACAGGCUGCCCAGAGAGGUUGUGGAGUCUUCUCUGGAGACAUUCAAAACCCGCCUGGACACGUUCCUGUGUGAUGUGCUCUGGGUGACCCUGCUCUGGCAGGGGGGUUGGGCUGGGUGAUCUUUCCAGGUCCCUUCCAACCCCUAGGAUUCUAUGAUUCUAUGAUUCCUGCAAAGACAAGGGCAGCUUUGCUCAACACUUCAGAGGGAAGUGGCUUAGGAGUGUCAGCAGAGAGGUCAAAGAGCAGAUGGGUUCCUAGAAAGAUAAACCUGAGGUCCCUCCUGCAUGACAGAAAUUGCUGUUUUCCACUCCUUUGGGGAUCACCAAGAGGGGUCUUGGGCCCACAUCUGGAAUUGAAACAUCCCAUACCAGGCAAACAGAAACUCCACUUCUCUUGGUGCUUCUGCAUCAGCCCACAGUGCUGGGAAAAAGUUACCACUGUGGAGGUUCUCCCAGUUACAGCCAGGGUUGGUACCUGUCAGCUCCUGCACCAGCCCAAGGGACUCCUGGCUUCUCACAGGGAGAUGGAUCAGGUUCACUUCCACUUUCUUAUUUAAAUACAAAGUUUUAAAGCUGCCAUUACCUGAUUUCCUCAUGACCCUCUCCUGAAACUCCUCUCUUCCAUGAUACUUCAGCUCCCUGUUGGCUGGCCUGGAGAAGGGCAUGCUGAAAAACAACUGUAUUUAUAGUUCUGUUUAUGUCUGAUCAUCAGCAAGUUUCGCAGCCCGCACCAGCUUAGACCUGGAGACUAUUCCUGUCUCCUUCUCUUUAAGGGUUAUCAUCAGGUUAACACUAAAGAUAUGAUGGAUGUGAUCCCAUGAGCAUUGAAGCACGUGUCAGGUAAGCCUUGCUGUGCACUCUGAGACACCCCAAAGCCAGCAGUGACAAGAUGGUUGAGAUGAGAGAAACCUGUGCCUCAGAGUCUCAGAUCUUUGAAGCCAGCAAGGACAGUCACUGCUUUGUUUUCAUUUCCAAAGUGCUUGCUGUCAGGUUGCUCACCUAGAAGCCCAUUACUGCAUUUUCUCCAGACCACACACAGGACUAUUUCCACUUAUUUAUUACGUUGCAAUUCCAAAGUCUCCUAUCAGGUGUUUCCUACAGGCAACAAUAGAGCAACUUGCACCCCCAAGUCUGACCUGACUGUGCCUCCUCCAGGUUUAUGCAAUUCCAGAGAAGCUCAUCUGCCCUAAUCCCUAUCCAAGCCAGCCAGAGUCUUGUCCCUGAGCCUCUUCCCGGGUGCUUUCCCCACCAUGUUGGGAGGUAGGAGGCAAUCCACAGGGAUGUACCCAAGUGCACAGGAUGCCUGAAGCCUGGUGUGUGUGUGCCAAGACACGACCUGGUACCUCCAUGCACCGAAACCCACACGCUGCAGCACCUUCUGGAGGACGGGGGGGAGGUGGGAAAAAAGGGGUGGGGGGCAAGGCAAAAAAACACUCUGUGGGAUAUCGUGAAUAAUUUGCAUCAUGUGGAUGCAGGCGUCUGAUGGCUUUUAUUGUCUGUUCUUGUACCACACAGUGACAGCUGUCUAAUUUUGCAAUAAAACUUUUUCAAUGAA